AAACAGUUGUCUGCGGGAAAUACUGAGAAUUAAAUCUGAAAAUUCAGAAGACUGGUUCGUAUUUAUGUAUAAAUGAGAAUUGUUUGAAUACAAUGCUUUCGUGCUUUGUAUUCUUAAGAAAGUUUCGUAUUCGACCAUCAUUUUCGAAAAUCAGCAUCAUAUGCUAUAUUUAAUAACUGUGAUUGUGAUUUGUUCUUUAAAAUGAGUAGAAUACUUUCUACAUCCACUGCAACGGCAUCGAAUUGUACGUACUCAGAGAAAGCUGAGGGCACGACUAACAAAUGUGUAUGCCGCGUAAAAUGUGUCUUAGUCGGGGAUGGUGCUGUGGGUAAAACAAGUUUAAUUAUCGGUUACACUACAAAUGCAUAUCCUAAGGAAUACAGGCCGACUGCAUAUGAUAAAUAUUCAGUUGUAGUUAGCGUCAACAAUAAGCCUGUAAGACUGCAAAUCUGUGAUACUGCCGGCCAAGAUGAUUUUGAUGCAUUGCGUCCACUGUGCUAUUCUCACACUGACAUCUUUCUUCUGUGCUUCAGUGUUGUAUAUCCUACAUCCUUCUACAAUGUCGCUGAAAAGUGGAUAUAUGAGAUCAGGCAUCAUUGUCCCAAAGCACCAGUUCUUCUUGUUGGAACACAAAGUGACUUGAGGACAGAUAUUGGAGUUUUACUUGAACUCGCUCAUUAUGGAGAACAACCUGUCAGCAUACAGCAAGCAAAUACAUUAGCAUCUCAGAUAGGAGCUAUUUCGUAUGUGGAAUGUUCUGCCGUAACAAAACGGAAUCUGAAGGAAGUUUUUGAUACUGCUUUAAUGUCUGCAUUAAAAACUAAGAAAGCCAAUAUUUUAUUAACAGAUAACUGUAGUGACAGUGAAUUUAAGAGCUACAGUAUGAAGUCUAGUCAUGACUAUACAACAGAUGAUAAAAAGAAAAGUGGGUUGAAAAAAUUAUGGUGUUUUUCCUAGCAAAAUGCUGAAGGUAGUCAGAGAAACAAAAAAGAAUCCUAUAAGCAUAAUAUAGUUAAACAAGAAUGUGUGAAAGGAUAAAAUGCCACCAUGAGAAUUGUUUCUUCUUUUUUUUUCCCUUCUUUUCUUAAUUUUUAGUUUCAGGAUGCAUCAUAAAAAAGUAUAGUAAAAAGUUUUAAAUUAUAAUUCAAUUUUCAAGUGCUUAUUUAUUUUUUAUUCCAAGUUAGAAACACAAACUGUAUGUUCCAAUUUCUACAGACUUGUAUUGUAAAUAGAGAAACUCACAUUUUAAGCAUUUUAAUUCUUUUUUAUAUUUUUCUUUAAUUAUUAUACUUUCAGUUGUUAACUAUUGGAAGAUUUUUAACUUUUAGGUUUGGUUUGUUUGAUUACAGCAAAGCACGCAAGGACUAUCUACCUAAGGGAAGAGAUGCCAUCAUGGAAGAAAACUGGCUUGUAUCCAUGUUACACAUAGGGAAAACUAUAAAAGUUCCAUGCAGCCAGCUAGUUGACCUGGAAUCGAACCCAUGUCAAACUAUCAGUGUUUAGUAAUUUUGCUGCUGGUGAGCCCUUAACUUUAGGAAAAUGAAAUAAUGAUAAUAGUCCAAAAUACAGUUUCAAAGCAAAUAAUGAAAAAAAUUAUUAUUAUAUUGAAAAACACUCUGCCAUGGAAUACUACACAAUGCAUGUUAAAGUACAGAAUAAAGAUAAUAACUUUUA